ACUAAUGCUAGAAGCAUUAUGAGCCACAGACUCUCUCUGUCUGUCUAUCUGAGCCUGCUGUAUAGGAGGACAAGAACAUGUAGGAGUCUGCAGUGUGCAUGUGCAAAAGCUAGAAAGAUGAGAGAGCUUGAUACAGAAGGGCUAAUGGCAGAUAUCGACUCCACAACCUUGUCAUCUCACAUUGACUGCACAUCAAACUAGGCUGUGUGAGGGCGCGAGCUUCAGCAAGGGGAGAGGGAACAGAGAGUGAGUGAGUGAAAGAGAGAGAGAUAGGGAGAGAGAGAGAGAGAGAGAGAGAGAGAGAGAGAAUAAACGCAAGGCUUUACAUGCACAUAUUCACACAGAACACCCUGAAUUCCCAAAGCCCGAGAGGGAGCCACAGAGAAAGCGAGGUCACUCUAGAGCAGAAAAAUCAAGGUUGACCAGAAGUAAAGAUCUUUCUUGUUGUGGGAUUAAAGAAAUGGGAACUGUAGAUCAGGAAGUCGUGGUUUGAUACAGAGGACACCAAAUUUGAGGCAAUAUUCUUGUGCAAGUUAAGGCACAGCAUCACCUUCACUUAGUGAAAACAUGGAGAAACUCUCAGGCAAAGACAAGGAGCUGAUCCGGGACAGCUGGGAGAGCCUGGGCAAGAACAAAGUCCCGCACGGCAUCGUCAUGUUUACCAGGUUGUUUGAACUGGACCCAGCUCUGCUCUCCCUCUUUAACUAUAAAACCAACUGUGGAGUAGUGCCUGAGUGUCUGUCUAGCCCUGAGUUCCUGGAGCAUGUCACCAAGGUGAUGUUGGUGAUUGAUGCAGCUGUCAAUCAUCUCGACGACCUGAAUUCUUUGGAGGACUUUUUGUUGAACCUGGGCAGGAAGCACCAAGCUAUUGGCGUCAAAACCCAGUCCUUCGCUGUGGUUGGAGAGGCCCUGCUCUACAUGCUACAGUGCAGUCUUGGAACAGGCUACACAGCUGCACUGCGCCAGGCUUGGCUCAACCUGUACGCUAUCGUGGUGGCUGCCAUGACCAGAGGCUGGGCAAAGAACGGAGAACACAAGUCCAACUAAGCAGUGGUAGAACAUAGAGAAAGAUUUACCCUAAAGUUGGGCCAGAGAAAACCUUGUAGUCAGUGCAUUGGGCCGAGUCGUGUGCUCACAGGCCAAGUAUCUCUAACGUAUGACGUCUGAUAUAUUUGUAGUUAAAGUGGUUAGAGAUGAUGAGUACUAUCGGUGCAAUAAUUUGUAGGUUCGAUUGUUUGAAAUACAGACAACACAAAGAUGAAACAGUUUAAGGCUGAGGCUUCACAACUGGAACUUGCCUUGUAUAUAAUGGCUUGACGUGUCUCCUAUCUCUACUGGCUGUUGUGCUGUUUUUGAUGUUUCUUACAUAAAUGUCAUGAAACAGAGAUUUGACUAUGCACCAUCAGCCUGUUCAACUUGGAGCAACACUGGCUCGACUGUUCUGUCUCUCUGGAACUAACAACACUAACAAUCUACAAAGCUUUCUGAUCGUUGUAAUCUAAAUUACUAUAAAACUUCAUCUGAUUCAUAAACAUUCUUUACAUUUUCAGGAGUGAAAGUAUAAUGUUCUCUGUAACAAUAUUGUAAGAACAAGAAAGCAAUCAGUAAAGGUUUUCAGGAAAAAGAGGUAAUCUUCAAUUUCAGUAUUAUUACAUAUGAAAAACCAAUGCUAAGAAUCAUUACAAAUAAUAAGAUUUUUAAGACUGUUAGUUUCUGUGCCACAUUAUUACCUUACAUUUCAUUAUUCAUUUUACAGACUAACAAAAAACGAGAACAGACUGUUACUUAACACAAAGAGACUGUUAUGUCAUAUACACUGAUCCAAUUACACUGAUCCAGCACUGAUCCUGCGUAAUUGAUCACCUCACUGAUAAUAAGUUAACCAGUACAAUACAAAUUAAUUUAUUUAAUAUAAAUUUAGCUAAAAUAAAUUAAUUUAUUUUAGCUAACACUGCUUCUGAAAGUAAUUUAUUGUUGAAUGACUGUUUUAAAUGGCUUGCACAUUGUAAAAGUCAUAAACAGUAACGUUGACGGGAUACACGGACGCCUUUAAAUGUGAGCCCUAAGAUGUUAAAAGCGAUGAUUUCCUGUUUGCUGCUAUACAUAUUUUAAAAGUCUCUCAGUAGUACUACAGAAAUAUGGUUCUCUUUAUAUAAGAAAUAUUACUAGAUUUAAUAAUAAUGCCAAGCAUCUUAACACAUGGCAAGUUACAAUGACAUCAUGUAAACCAUUACGUGUUAUUCUGCACAACAUUAUAUUCAAGGUACUGUCAUGUAAUGUAGUUCUUCUUUCUUGGUGUUAUACUAUCUACUGUAUUUACAGCCUAUUUUUGUAUUUUGGUGUGUAUGUGAAUAGGUAUUGGUACACUGUUAUUACUUGGUGGUGCUGUAUAACAUUCUUGUGUAAAAUACUUUUUUUCUCUCAGUCCUGGACUGCAUUCAUUCGAAAGGAUGUACAGUAGGCUUUGAGAUGUCAAUGACUUUCAGCACAGAAAAUGAUCUGAUUUAAUUGAACCUAAAUUAGAUGCAUUCAUAAUUAAAAUGUUCCUUCACUCAAACUUUAAAAUUAUUGUAAGCAGUGUUUUAACUCCUUGAACCUCUGGCAGUGUUCAGCAGUGACCUGUGGCUUAUUAUACAGUUAUUCAUCUUAAAGCUAAUUAUUCAGUAACUACAGUGAAAUUAAUAGUAUUAUAUGUAACAUGGAAUGUAAAUCCGGGCCUGUGGACAGUUCCUGAGGGUUUAUGGAGUUAAAGGGUAAAUAUUCUCACAGCACUAUAAACAAACUUGUUAAUGUCUUUAUCUAUUUAUCCAAGAACUGUUGUGUGAGUGUAUUGCUAUAUUUGAUUCAGUAAUGUUCUUUAUUCUCUGGAUAUUCUGUAACUGAAGUGGAUGUCUACCUCACUCAUGUAGCUGCUGAGAACAGCGAUGAUAUGACCUGACUCCUCAACCAAAAAAUACUCAUGCUUCACAAGCACUGUACAUCUUGUGUUUCUUCAAACAUGCUGUAACACAAAUAAUAGUGGGCUCUGUCAAGCUAUUCUGUCAGGAUUUGUUUAGAGCUCAUGUGUUCAAAUGACAUGAAUAAAGAAUACUCAAUGUGUCA